UUUGGACUCCCGGAGCUGGGCGCGGGGGCUGCGGGGAGAUGGCAGCGGCCUCUGCCGUCGCGGUGCUGCUGGUGGCGGCCGAGAGGAGCCGGUGGCAGCGCGUCCCGAGCCUGCUCUGGCCUCCGAGGCGAUGGACAUGGAAGCAGAGAACCAGGAAGUAUGCAACAACCACAGGACAAAACAUAACCAAGGUCCUUGUUGCCAACAGAGGAGAAAUUGCCUGCAGGGUGAUGCGAACAGCCAAAAGAAUGGGUGUACGGUCUGUGGCUGUUUAUAGUGAAGCUGACAGAAAUUCCAUGCAUGUGGACAUGGCAGAUGAAGCCUAUUCCAUCGGCCCCGCUCCCUCUCAGCAGAGCUACCUUUCCAUGGAGAAAAUCAUUCACGUGGCCAAGAUCUCCGCAGCGCAGGCGAUCCAUCCAGGAUAUGGAUUUCUCUCUGAGAACAUGGAAUUUGCUGAACUUUGUAAGCAGGAAGGCAUUAUUUUUAUAGGUCCUCCUUCAUCUGCAAUUAGAGACAUGGGUAUAAAGAGCACAUCGAAAGCCAUAAUGGCAGCUGCUGGGGUGCCUGUCGUGGAGGGCUACCACGGCGAGGACCAGUCAGACCAGUGCCUAAAGGAGCACGCGGGGAGGAUCGGCUAUCCUGUGAUGAUCAAGGCCGUCCGGGGUGGCGGCGGGAAGGGCAUGAGGAUUGCUCGGUCUGAAAAAGAAUUUCAGGAACAGUUAGAAUCGGCCCGGAGAGAAGCUAAGAAGUCCUUCAAUGAUGAUGCCAUGCUGAUUGAGAAGUUCGUGGACACACCCAGGCACGUGGAGGUGCAGGUGUUCGGUGACCACCACGGCAAUGCUGUGUAUUUGUUUGAGAGAGACUGCAGCGUGCAGAGGAGACACCAGAAGAUCAUCGAGGAGGCCCCCGGGCCUGGUAUUGAACCCGAAGUGAGGAGAAAGCUCGGCGAAGCUGCGGUGAGAGCUGCUAAAGCUGUAAAUUAUGUUGGAGCAGGAACCGUGGAGUUUAUCAUGGAUGCACAGCACAACUUCUACUUUAUGGAGAUGAAUACCAGGCUGCAAGUGGAGCACCCUGUGACGGAGAUGAUCACGGGAACCGACCUGGUGGAGUGGCAGCUGCGGGUUGCAGCUGGAGAGAAGAUUCCUUUGAGCCAGGAAGAAAUCACUCUGCAGGGCCAUGCCUUUGAAGCUCGAAUAUAUGCAGAAGAUCCUACCAAUAACUUCAUGCCCGGGGCUGGGCCAUUAGUGCAUCUCUCCACCCCUCAGGCUGACCUUUCCACUAGGAUUGAAACUGGAGUCCGGCAAGGAGAUGAAGUUUCGGUGCAUUAUGACCCCAUGAUUGCGAAGCUGGUUGUCUGGGCUGCGGAUCGCCAGGCGGCCUUGACGAAACUGAGGUACAGCCUUCGCCAGUACAAUAUUGUGGGACUGCACACCAACAUUGACUUCCUGCUCAGCCUGGCCAGCCACCCCGAGUUUGAGGCUGGAAACGUGCACACGGACUUCAUCCCCCAGCACCGGGAGGAGCUGCUGCCCAGUCGGAAGGCGGGAGCCAAAGAGCUCUUAUGCCAGGCAGCUCUGGGCCUCAUCCUCAAGGAGAAAGCCGUGUCCGAUGCUUUCAGAACACAGACUGAAGAUCAGUACUCUCCAUUUGCAUCCAGCAGCGGAAGGAGACUAAACACCACUUACACCAGAAAUAUGACUCUCAAGGAUGGGACAAACAAUGUAGCCAUAGCUGUAACAUAUAACCAUGAUGGGUCAUAUAGCAUGCAGAUUGAAGAUAAAACUUUCCAGGUCUUUGGUGAUCUGUAUGAUGAGGAGGAUUGUACUUACCUGAGAUGCUCUGUUAAUGGAGCUGCUAGUAAAACAAAGCUGAUCAUCCUGGAAAACACUAUCUACCUAUUUUCCAUGGAAGGGAGUAUUCAGAUUGACAUUCCAGUUCCCAAAUACUUAUCUUCAGUGAGCUCAGAGGGAACCCAGGGUGGAACCAUUGCCCCAAUGACUGGAACCAUUGAAAAGGUGUUUGUGAAAGCUGGAGACAGAGUCAAAGCUGGAGAUUCUCUCAUGGUUAUGAUCGCCAUGAAAAUGGAGCACACGAUAAAGGCUCCAAAGGAUGGCACAAUCAAGAAGGUGCUCUACAAAGAGGGCUCACAGGCCAACAGGCACGCACCGUUGGUCGAGUUUGAAGAGGAGGAAUCUGACAAGAAGGAAGCCAAGUAAAGGCUGGUGCAUCCUGUCUUCGGUGUGGCAUCCCCAUACCUGCCAAAGUGCCUUCCGGCUCUCCUCGGGGGCUGAAAAGCAGCUGCUUUACGAAAUGAUCCUGAUUGUGCCCAAAUCACUUCCCCUUUGAGAAUCACGCACUUUGAUCACAAAUACAGUAAAUUGUCUCAAAGUAUUUCAUGCUAAUAAAAUGAAUCAUACUUUUUUAAGGAAAGCUACUCUGGUUGAUUUCUGCUUCCA